AUGCCUUCUUCUUCUGCGGCUUUUCUCUCCUUCUCGCUCCACUGCGCCAUCGACCAGCCUGAAAUCGCUAUUAAUCUGGGCCCGUGGCCGUGGCCGUGGCCGUCGCCCCCUGGCCGUGGCCGUGCCGCCGUGGCCGUGGCCGCCGCGCCCGUGGCCUUGGCCGUGGCGGCCGUGGCCGUGGUGGCCGUGGCCGUGGUGGCCGCGGCCGUGGUGGACGUGGCCGUGAUGGCCGUGGGCGUGGUGGCCGUCGUGGCUGUGGCCGUCGUGGCUGUGGCCGUCGUGGCUGUGGCCGUGGUGGCCGUGGCCGUCGUGGCUGUGGCCGUGGUGGCCGUGGCCGUUGCCGUGAUGGCCGUGGCCCUGGUGGCUGUGGUCGUGGCCGUGGUGGCCGUGGCCGUGGUGGCCGUCGCCGUGGUCGUGGCCGUGGUGGCCGUGGCCGUGGUGGCCGUGGCCGUGGUGGCCGUGGCCGUGGUGGCCGUGGCCGUGGUGGCCGUGGCCGUGGUGGCCGAGGCCGUGGUGGCCGUGACCGUGGUGGCCGUGGCCGUGACGUCGCCGUGUCCAGUGGCCGUGGCCGUGGUGGCCGUGGCCGUGUUGGCCGUGGCCGUGGUGGCCGUGGCU